AUGGCAUCGAAGAGCACGACCAGGAUGAUUCUUGUCCUAGCGUUCAACAUCCUCCUCUUCGACCACUUCGCCAAAACCGCUCAUGGAGUAGUUUCCAUUUCCAUUUGUCCGAGGAGUAUCCUCCAAAUUACGAGCUGUGCCCCUGAACUAAUCACCGCUGUCACCAGCAUCGUCAACGGCGCCAAUGCCAAUAUCGGUAUAAACAAUGGUGGCAUCGGAGUGGGAGUUGGCGUACCAGUGCCGGCACCCAGUCUCACUAACUGCUGCAGCCUCAUAAGUGGCCUGACCGAGUCACAGACCAACGCUUGCGUCAAUGCCUCGGUCACGGCUAGUCUCCUCGGUAUCCUUCUCCCUAAUGUUGACUUUGCCAGUCUCGUCCGAAAUGUCUGUGCCCGCCUCCAGUGA